UUCACAGGCUAUGACUGGCUGCUUGCUCCUAACGUUGUAGCUCUUCAGCAGACCAAGGCUUCUCCUUGGCUUUGUCUCUUCACUGCAGAAUGGGACCGGCUCCGCGCAUCCUGGAACUGUUCUACGACGUGCUGUCUCCCUACUCCUGGCUGGGCUUUGAGGUCUUAUGCAGAUACCAACACCUCUGGAAUAUCAAGCUGCAUUUGCAGCCCUCUUUAAUGGCUGGGAUCCUAAAAAAUAGCGGAAACCAAUCAAUAGCUGUGGUUCCCUGGAAAGGCCAGUACAUGUUCAACGAGAUUCCUCUCCUGAAGCAGCUCUUCCAGGUUCCCAUCAGGGCACCCAAGGAUUUCUUUGGUGAGAGUGUUAAGAAAGGUAAGGAGGAGGCUGGAGUGAUAGCCCUGAAUUUAAGCACACUAGCUUCUCUUUCAGAGGUCUUAAUUUAA